UGACACUCCAGCUCCCUUCUGCCUUUAUUUACCCUUCCAUCAGAUCACUUCAGAAGUCAGAGCGAUCGGCCUUCCGGGCCUUCGUAUUCUGACAGAGCUCCCGGGUUGAGAAGCCUUCGAAGCCUUCAUAAGAUCUUAGUCCAUCAGAGUUUCCGGCAGGAGGAGUAGUAGCGGUGGGAGAGGUUUCUCUCGGGGCUUCGUGUUCUGGCAGAAUCUCCGACUUGAGAUUCCUGUCAGCGCGAACAUGUGUAUUCUUCAACCGUGCGCGGAUCCGCAAGAGGCAGGCAUCUGGUGGAGGGACGAUGUUUCCUGGAGGAAGUAUGGAUCUGCGCAUCAGUUGCAGAUCAGAAAAGGUCUAUCGUCUGGUGUGAAGGCUUUAGACCUUGGCAGGAUCAAGUCGUCCGUGCAUCCGAAGGGAGCACGCUACACGGUGAACCUGAAAAAGAUGGAGCAGGUGGCCGUAAGCAGCGGGCAGAUUCGGCCCAUCAAGAUCAUCGACCGCCAGGCAGUCCAGGCAGUAGUCAAAAAGACUCCUCCACAACUCGCGCAGGCAUCAGCCCCGCUGCCUCAGCAGAAGAAUCCAGUUACAGUCCAUUACAAGGACUCGUCUGAUGUGCUAAAUCAGUACGACCGGGACACCGCCAAAGUGUUGCUGGCAAUCGCUAGUGGGCAGAGGUGGCUUGUACGCUCGACCUCGAGGAAGUCAACAAUCGUACCCGCAGUUACAACAGCAUGGAAAUCAGAUUCGGACUGGAACUGAAGGGGAUGUAUUGCAGUAUAAUGACGAGGACGUGGUAGUAGCCCGAUGGAAUUAUGUGCCUCCUAGCGACAGAAUUGUAAAUCAGCAUAAAUGGAUUCCAGUCUUAUAAAGAGAAUUCCUGAAUGUCGAGAACCCGAUGUUAAGCCCACUUUUAACCCCGAUACAUAAGUGGGUUUAGUGUGGAUAAUCA